AUGGCAUCUAAGAUAACCAGACCUGACCAAGGACACGCAACCAUUACUUGGAAAUGUAAUACCGACCAGAACCAUUACUUUGGUGUGGAUUUGAGUUUCCAAGAUUCCAAAAUUUGGAAAUGUACCUAUAACAACGGAUCUGGAGCUGCCGUCUCUAACUCCUACCCUGCACCUCCACCUCCUCCGUCGCAUAAGCCAUUUCCACCAUCGCCUAAACCAUCACCGCCGUCACGACCUCCCAAAAUAUCUUCACCGCCUACUAAACCAUCACCGCCGUCACAACCUCCUAAAAAGUCGCCGCCGCCUCCUAAACCAUUAUCACCGCCACCAACUCCCAAAAAGUCUCCGCCGCCUCCUAAAACAUCACCGUCUCCUCCUAAACCAUUAUCACCACCCCCGACUCCCAAAAAGUCUCCACCGUCUCCUAAGCCAUCUCCGUCUCCUCCCAAACCUUCAAUGCCUCCACCAACUCCUAAAAGGUCUACACCGUCUCCUAAACCAUCACCAUCUCCUCCUAAACCAUCAACACCUCCACCAACUCCUGAAAAGUCCCCGCCACCUCCCAAACCCGUGGAUUAA